ACCUAAAAAAGAAUUAGAAACGGAAGAAGAACAGCAGGCGAAGAAGCAUCGCCAGGUAAUCAAACCCGUCCUCCUCCUGUCCCUUCUUCCCCUGUCCUCACCCGCCGCGCCAAACUCGGCGCGAUUCGGGCGGGAUUUGUUGGAAUUCCCCUGAGAAUCGGAGCAUUAUUUUUUCGGGAAUUGGUAGAUUGGUAUAUUGAUUGAUCGAUCGAUUGAUCGGUGGCGGAGGAAGGGGAGGAGGGCGGCAGAUGGCGGCGUGCCGGGGCUUCUUCGAGUGCCUGCUCAGGCUGCUCAACUUCAUCCUCACCGUCGCCGGCCUCGCCAUGGUCGGCUACGGGAUCUACCUGCUCGUCGAGUGGACGAAGAUAUCCGAGGACGGCAGCGGCGGGGGAUUGACGGCGGAGGUGCUCGUCUCCGCCCGGCCGUUGUUGGGGGCUGUCGCUCUCGGUGACAGCUUCCUCGACGACCUACCCAAAGCAUGGUUUAUUUAUUUGUUCAUUGGUGUUGGUGCUAUCGUCUUCCUCGUGUCUCUGUUUGGCUGCAUUGGAGCAGGGACAAGAAACACAUGCUGUUUGUGUUUCUAUGCUUUCUUGGUCAUAUUGUUGAUCCUUGCUGAAGCUGGAGCUGCUGCAUUCAUUUUCUUUGACCAAAGCUGGAAAGAUGUAAUUCCAGUGGACAAGACACAUAACUUUGAUGUUAUGUAUGACUUUCUGAAGGAAAACUGGGAGAUUGCAAGAUGGGUUGCUCUUGGUGUUGUUGUUUUUGAGGCAGUGCUCUUUCUGUUAGCUCUGGUUGUCAGGGCAAUGAACAAACCUGCUGAGUAUGACAGUGACGAUGAAAUUAUUGCAAUUGGCCGAAGCCCUACCAUGCGGCAGCCACUGAUCCAUGCCCAAAAUGUGCCUGCCACUGGUGUUCCUGUCCCAACACUCGAUCAGCGUGCAAGUAGAAAUGAUGCCUGGAGCCAAAGGAUGCGAGAGAAGUAUGGUCUGGACACGAGCCAGUUCACAUACAACCCUUCAGACCCAAGCAGGUACCAGCAGAAUGGCACGCCACAGGCUGAAGAAAGGAGUCGAUGCACUAUAAUGUGAAGAAUCCUUCAUGAGGUCCUACCGAGAUAAUGACCAAUCCUUCAUGAGGUCCUACGAGAUAAUGGUUUUCUUGAACGGGCUACCUCAGCUUGUGUAGUUUGGUGUUAUGGUGUUGUUCAGACUUCAUAGCGGUGUGUGGAAUAGAAGAAUGCCGACCAUAUUGUUUGUCACGCUUGAUAUGUCUUCUCUGCAAAUGUUCUAUGUUACUGUAAUUUUAUUGUGGAUGAGGAACUGUUAGCCAUUGACACCAUCAUCUAUUCUGUAUUUUUGGGGGUUUGUUUCUUGUUUGCUAAUCCCCUUUUUUCAUGUAGCUCUGUUUAAUCUAAGAUUUGGUUGUGCCGUGAGACUGGUAGAAUCUGUUUUGCUUUGUGUC